AUGGCGCCAUUCGAAUCAGACACAGCGGACUCCAAUCUCAUCCCCAUGGUCGCAUACUUCGCGCAGACCGUUUCCGUUGGUCUGCUGCUGUUUGUCGUUGUUCGCUUCGUUGAUCACGCCUCGGCCGCGCUGCCUCCAUCCCAAGAGACCCGUCAGCGACAGUCCAAGCGCACACGCGACAUCCGGAUCUUUACCGUUCUUGCCGCCCUCAGCUUUCUCCUAGCAGCGUACUUUGGCAUCAGCCGACGCGUCUCUUCUUACCUCGACUGGGCCUCGCAUCACAACGAGGACGCGCCUAACACUCUUUGGAGCGGAUGGUAUGGCGGCACCAGAGACAGAGAAGGCGGCGGCCUCACGUCGUACGCAGAUGUGAAGCUUGGGAGAUGGUGGCAGGAUACAAAGUACUCCACCGGGGAUGACCACUUGGUCUUGGGCAACUCGAAGGGACUCUGGUGGGCUCAGCAGCUGGUUCCCAGCAUGAUCGCGUGGAGCAUUUUCGUUGGAGUCGAAGGAAGACGCAGAGGCAUGCCCAAGCACGUCCUCUGCACGUUCGUUGCUCUUGCCCAGACCAUAAGCCUCAGCGCCGCGCAGAGCCUCUUUUGGAUUACUCUACUACUUACGCCGGUUCAUCUUGCGCCGUCAAAGUUGCCAACAAGGGCUCCACAGUGGACCCCAAACCCGAUGGCCUAUUUGUUGCCCACUGUCAUGUCCUUAGCUUGCAACGCCCUCAUGCCACUUGCUGUCGACUACCUCAUCUUCACCCAGCCACUACGCAUCGCGUACUUCGGCAUGCUGAUCCUCAUGACGCUAAUACCACGGAUCGCCCCCGCCGUCCUCGGCUCAACCCACUCCUCCGUCCACUCCGCUCACCGCUCAAGCGCCACAAUAUUCAAGACCCUCGGCAUAAUCAGCUUCCUCCUCCACGCCCGCCAAACCGCAACCGCCCUCCUCGACAACUCCCCCCCACCCACCUACCGCGAAUACAGCUACAUAUGGAACUCGCAUCCCGAGACCCAGCACUCGACGCUCUACCUCGCCCGCGUCGCCUUCUCCCGCGUCCUCGGCGCCCUCUCCGACAAUCCUGCCAUCAGCGCCGUCGCCUGGGAUGUGCUCCUCUCGGCGCUGAGCCUCUGUCUCUGGGCCGUCGUGCGCGGGCUCGAUGUCGGGGAUAUGCUGUCCGCCACUGUGCCGUUCAAGACCGCACAGAAGGAGGAGAAACACGUGAGCUUCGAGGGCGAGAAGCCGAAACCCAACGGGCCUGUCGAGACCGUCGCCUCACCCACCUCCAAACGCGGACGCGGCAGGCCAAGAAAAGACGCCGCUACCCUUGCUGCGCCAACCGCUUCCACGAGCUCAGCAAGGGAACUGCGGAGGAGUAUCCGCCACCCCCGCCCCACACCCUCCUCCUCCGUCACCAGUGCAUUGCAUGGCAUUGAGGACUCCGAGGACGACGACUCAGGCCCGUAUGUCCCGCCCGCGGAUGUAGCAGCCGAGGUGGAGGGGUUGGAGCACGAGGACGUGGGCGCGGAUACGGUGGUCGAGGAGGCGGAGGCGGCGGCGCUGGGGUGGGGUUUGUUUGCUUUGGGGGGGCUGGGGGUGCUGAGUGCUGGGGUGUGCGGGGGGGAGGUUUGUGGGCGGUAG